GGACUUUUCUGUAACUUCUGUGAAAAUCAGUGAUUCCGGGUUUAAAUGUGAAACUAAAACACGCGACGUUUGUGUUUCUGCUGACGGUUUAUUAUUUAACAGUAAAUAAAAAGAUUAAUAAUCAUGUUUGUGCCGGUGGGAGAGCGCGCUAUGUGUUUUAAAGGCUUCACGUUAAUCACGCCCGCAGUGUCAGUGGGGAACGUGGCCCAGCUGUCUGCAGAUCUGAUCAUCUCCACACUGGACAUGGUGAGAGUUGGACAUUUCCACACAGACUGUCUGAUCCCUAUGGCAGGGAAUAAUCCCUACAGCAGGGGAGACGAGGACACGGCUGUGCUCAGUACUAAUGCUGAAGUUUAUUGCCGCACCGAUCUCCAGUUAGCUGUGCUGCAGAUCCGGACCCCCAUUUUACCGAUGAAGAUGAAGUCCUUCCGUAAGUUGCUGGUGUCCUGGAUUAAGGCGAGCGGAUUUUCCAGAACCGUGCUGCUGUCCAGCUGUCACGCUCACCAGCGAGAUGACCAGCAGCUCCUUGGCUCUCCUCUGAGGUACCUGCUCACUCAGGCUCUGCGGGGUGACACGGAGGGGACGGCGGAGAUGCUGCAGAGGCUGGGAUGGAGGGAGAUGGAGAGAGUGAGCGCUUUCCCUGGAGUUCCUGAUUCAGACAGACAGCGUCUCUACAUCCCAGGAGGAGGCGUCACUAAACCUCUCUAUAAUGACUGCUGCACUGAGAACAUUUCCAUGGUGGUUCUGCUACUGUUCUGCUCUGAGGGAGACAACGUCCCUGACGCCUUCACUCUGGUCAAUCACCUGAAUGACUGGCUCCACCUGCUGGACAAACCGGCUCAGGGUCCUGUUCUGUGGAGAACUCCGUCCUCCUGGAGGCUUCUGUUUGGAAGCGGUGUUCCUCCGCUGAUCUUCUGAACUCCACUGAGACUCGAGCGUGAAAUGUCACCGAGGUCUGGACCGUGUGGGUGUUUCUGAUCACACACACACACACACACAGUGACAGUCACAAUAUUCAGAACCCCGCUGUACCUAAGAAGUGUUGUGACUGUGACCCUAGUCUGUAACGUCUGAUUCUCAUUAAACAUGAUGCCUUUUCUGUAAUUGGAUUUUUAUUGCACAAGAUAAUGAUCUGAUUUCUGUCUGUUUAGAGAAGAGUGAAACAAAUGUCAAGGUUUUAUUUAUCUGAUUAAAGAUAUGAGAUCUCACUGAAAGUCUAAUAAACAUACCAUCAUCAUUUUGUUGAGGCCGAGCUCCGGAUUCUUAUUGGUCCAAAAGUAACGUUUCAACGACAACAACUGCUUCACGGUGAGGAAGGAGUCUCCAGUGUCAGUGCUUUGUCUCAACCGAGUGAGUCAUGUGACCAGGAAACUCCGCCCACACCGUGUCCUAUUGGCUGGCACAAGUAAACUUUUACUCGGUGUUUCAGAUGUCUGUUUUAUCAACGGAGCUCAAGCGAGAGCUGUGAAUCCUGAAGGUUCCUGUGUGAAGAUCCAGAAGCUCUCCAGUACACCUGAAAAUAUCACUUUCGCACAGGAAGCUGUACCUCGUCAGAUAUGACGACAUUCACAUUUCUGUUUAAACCUUUAAACUCUCAAAUGAAGAGUCUGUAAAAAAAAAAAAAAAACAACGUAAUAGAGCUCGAAUAAACAGUGGCCUUAUUUUUCACGA